CCCCGCGCUCGCCACCCCCGGAAACUCGCCGAGACGAGGCGAGACGCUGGAGAGCAGCGCGGAGACUGACCCAGACGUCCCCUCCGCCCCCAAGAGGCUGCGGAUCCCCGUUUCUUGGGCUUCUCUAGCUUUACCAUGGACCUGGCGCCAGCUUGGCUUUAGGACACAUUCGGAAGCCGGAGGGGGAGUCCAGGCAAUUCUUUGGUUGCUAAGCGUGAGUGAAGACAUCCAGGAUGGCUCAGGGAUCCGGGGAGCAAAGAGCAGUGGCAACUGCCGACCCAGAGGACAGUUCUCCAAAUAUGAUAGUCUACCGCAAAAUUGAAGACAUCAUUACAAAGAUGCAAGAUGACAAGACAGGGGGUGUGCCCAUCAGAACAGUCAAGAGCUUUCUCUCCAAAAUCCCCAGUGUUGUCACAGGUACUGACAUUGUGCAGUGGCUGAUGAAGAACCUGUCCAUCGAAGACCCAGUUGAAGCAAUACACUUGGGAAGCCUUAUAGCUGCCCAGGGCUAUGUCUUUCCCAUCUCGGACCAUGUUCUCACCAUGAAGGACGAUGGCACCUUUUACCGGUUCCAGGCUCCGUACUUCUGGCCGUCGAACUGCUGGGAGCCUGAAAACACGGACUAUGCCAUCUAUCUUUGUAAGAGGACAAUGCAGAAUAAAGCAAGGCUGGAAUUGGCAGAUUAUGAAUCAGAAAACUUAGCAAGACUCCAGAGGGCCUUUGCAAGGAAGUGGGAAUUCAUCUUUAUGCAAGCAGAAGCGCAAGUAAAGAUUGAUCGGAAAAAGGACAAAACAGAGAGGAAAAUCUUGGAUAGUCAAGAGCGGGCCUUCUGGGAUGUCCACAGGCCAGUGCCAGGCUGUGUGAACACCACAGAAAUGGAUAUCAGAAAAUGUCGACGUUUGAAGAACCCACAAAAGGUUAAAAAGUCGGUGUACGGCGUGACAGAAGAGUCCCAGUCCCAGAGCCCUGUGCACAUACCCAGUCAGCCAGUCCGGAAAACGACAAAAGAGGAUAUCCGGAAACAGAUAACGUUUUUGAACGCACAGAUCGACAGACAUUGUUUAAAAAUGUCCAAAGUGGCUGAAAGCUUAAUUGCUUACACGGAACAGUAUGUGGAAUACGAUCCUAUGAUAACACCAGCCGAGCCAUCCAAUCCCUGGAUCAGUGAUGAUGUCACUUUAUGGGACAUAGAGAUGAGCAAAGAGCCCAGCCAGCAGCGAGUAAAGAGAUGGGGCUUCUCUUUCGACGAGAUGUUGAAGGACCAGGUGGGGCGGGACCAGUUUCUACGCUUCCUGGAGUCGGAAUUCAGUUCAGAAAACCUCAGGUUCUGGUUGUCUGUCCAAGAUCUCAAGAAACAACCCCUGCAGGAUGUGGCCAAGAGGGUGGAAGAAAUCUGGCAAGAGUUUCUGUCUCCAGGAGCCCCCAGUGCAAUCAAUCUGGAUUCUCACAGCUAUGAGAUAACCAGUCAAAACGUCAAAGAUGGAGGGAGAUACACAUAUGAAGAUGCCCAGGAGCACAUCUACAAGCUGAUGAAGAGUGACAGCUAUGCCCGCUUCCUCCGGUCAAAUGCUUACCAGGACUUGCUGCUGGCCAAGAAGAAGCCAGAAAGUGAGCAAGGUCGUAGAACUUCCUUAGAAAAGUUCACUCGCAGUGUGUGUCUGCAGCUUCACUUCUAGGGAUGGAUUUGCAAAAGACCAAGCGGCUCCCUCUGCAGAAGGUGCACACCCGACCGCCAGCCUCGAGCUUCGCAUUUGACCUUCCGUGCAGGGCUCCGAGGAGAGAGGACCCGCCCGCCGCCCUGGGGGCUGCGCGGUUUGUGCAUCUUCUGCAGCAGCCCAGGCCAUCGAACUGUCUCACGAAAUAAAUUGGC